CCCUUCACCUUUUCCCUAUAUAUUUAACUUCCUCUAACUUCCGGUUGGUGAAAGUUUUACAUUACCAUGAAUAACGUCCCAAAGUUUCUCGGAUACUCUUCACUCACUAUCCUCGAACAACCCAUUGCAAAGGACCCUUGACCUUAACCUUUUUUAUCCUCUCUUUUAUGAUAAUUAUUUUUUGUUGUUUGUAAUUGUGGGAGAAAUGGGCAGUGGAGAGAAAAGUUCGAGGAACUUUCAUUUACACCUACCGCACCUUCAUCAUCAUCAUCAUCAGGGGAAGAUACAAACGAGGGAUGUCCCGAGAGGGUGUUUGGCAAUCAAGGUUGGUUCACAAGGAGAGGAGCAACAGAGAUUUGUGGUGCCUGUUAUGUACUUCAAUCACCCUUUGUUCAUUCGGCUGUUGAAGGAAGCAGAGGAAGAGUACGGGUUCGACCAGAAGGGGACCAUCACUAUCCCUUGUCACGUUGAAGAGUUUAGGAAUGUACGGUGCUUGAUCGAUAGGGAAAAGUCCCCUUCAUCAUGUCGAAUGUUUUAGGGUUUGAUUUAUUUAGUUUUAUGGUUUUCUUCUAAUAAGUGCCAAGCAAGGGCGGCCAGAAACCAUGAUCAUAAUUUUUAAU